UCUGCACUCCAAACCUCUAUAAAAGACAGGAAAGAGCCAAGCCCGGAUCGCUCUCUCUCUCUCGCCGAAGAUCGCUGCAGUGUCGAGAUUUUUUUUUUAAGGGGAUCCUUCUAGGUUUUGGAAACCGUUGCUCUCUUCUCUCGUUAAUCGUUGUGGUAUCUGUACUUCUUGGGCAAGAAAUGGCGGUGCUGCCACUGGAAUCGCUGCCGCGGGGGUUCCGGUUCCAUCCGACGGACGAGGAACUCGUGAACCACUACCUCAAGGGCAAGAUCAACGGCCGGAUCAACUCCGAGGUCGUCGUCAUUCCCGAGGUCGACGUCUGCAAGUGCGAGCCCUGGGACCUCCCCGAUAAGUCGGUGAUCCGAUCGGAUGAUCCGGAGUGGUUCUUCUUCUCGCCGAGGGACCGGAAGUACCCCAGCGGGCACAGGUCGAAUCGGGCGACGAAAGCCGGGUACUGGAAGGCCACCGGCAGGGACAGGAUGAUUAAGACCAAGCCGCCGGGCUCGACCAUCAUCGGCAUGAAGAAGACCCUCGUCUUCCACCGCGGCCGGGCGCCGAAGGGGGUCCGCACCAAUUGGAUCAUUCACGAGUACCGCACCACCGAGUUCGAGUUUGACUCCGGGGAACAGGGUAGCUUUGUUCUUUGUCGCUUAUUCAAGAAGCCCGAGGAGAAGAGCCCAAGUUCCAUUGUUGAUGGGGUAGAUGGAAAUGUUGAUGAGAUGGAGUCUGGUGGCUUAUCUCCUACUCCAACUAGGUUUUUGCCAGGUGAAACCCAGCAGGGAACAGAUACCUUGGAAGAAUUUGCAGCACUUCUGAAUUUUCAAGAUAUGCAAGAAAAUUUGCAGCCUUUCUUCAACUCUUUGGACACACAAUCGACAAGGAGACCUGAAGAUAAAGGAGAUCAUGCAACAACAUAUCCUUUAAGACCUGAAGAGAGCCAUCGCAAUAACAAUGGAGCUUCUGCUAUAGGUGAUCAUGAGGCUGAUCCAGAGGUUGAUUUUAUACUGGGUGAAUUAAACGAAUUCUUAAGCCCAGAAUAUGAACAACUUGAUUUUGAUCAGCUUCCCCCCAUCAGUUCCUCUUCCUUCUGUGACAACGUUUACCAGGGACCACAUAUGUUUCAAGAUAACUAUGUUGAGCAGGACCUGGUCACUGAACUCUUGGAUGGUGUGGUUAAUAACCAAAAAGAAGAUUUCUCUGAGGUAACAGAUACUCAGAAGGAUUCAAUCCUGAUGGAUGUGCCGGAUCAUCUUAUUUGUACGCUGCAAGUUUCUUCCUGGGACUGUGUGUCUGGCAAGGAGAAUGGGACAGGCAGUGAUGCUGAUACCAUACCUGUAACUAUGCAGGAAGGCCAGGAUAUUGAUACUUCUGGACGUUGCUAUUGUUCAGCUUUUCCGUCAAGUAGUUCUUCACAGAUGAAUAACUCUAAUAACUAUAAUGAAACAAGAACGGAUGAGAUAAACCUGCUUCCAGAAACAGAAAAUGCAGUAUGGCUUCAGAGUGGCACAAUUAAGAUCAGGACUCGCCAGCAACUUCCGGACGUGAACAACUUAACAGCAAGGCAGGGCUCGGUACGUAGAAAUUUGAAAUUGCAAAAUGAAAUUGACAAAGGAUCAAUGGUCAUAUGUAGUGGAUUAAGCAGUAAGAAAGAUGAUAAUGAGGUUAACUCAGUGAUACCCAAGGCUGGAGUAUGUGCUGAACACCAAACAGCUGAAGAUACAGAAGUUUCAAGGUCUCUCUUUCUUGAUGAUGUUGAGGGCACCUCUGAUCAUGAUGAUGCAACCUCUACUGAGGCAAUGGCUGCCUUCUCAGAGAUCUCUCUUGAAUCUAAAUCUAAACCGAGGCAAAGGAGAAGAGCUACUCAUGAAAAUGAUGAUAAACUCAAAGGCCUGUCUCUGCACUCGGAUACACCUAGAACUGUUUCCAUCUCUAUUACUAGAGCGAGUGUGGUUCAGUUGGCCAUCCUUUUGCUAAUCUGUGUUGUGAUAAGAUGGUAUUUAAGUUCUUGAUAUGUUUACAAAAACAAGCCCUGUAUUAUUUUGCAAAUAUACAGGUCCAUAACAGUUUCUAAUAUGCAGCUUUUUUUCGGCCUUCUUAAA